AUGUGUGUGUGUGUGUGUGUGUGUGUGUGUGUGUGUGUGUGUGUGUGUGUGUGUGUGUGUGUGUGUGUGUGUGUGUGUGUGUGUGUGUGUGUGUGUGUGUGUGUGUGUGUGUGUGUGUGUGUGUGUGUGUGUGUGUGUGUGUGUGUGUGUGUGUGUGUGUGUGUGUGUGUGUGUGUGUGUGUGUGUGUGCGCUUUGAUAAAGGUGGCCCCAACUACACGUUGACAGCCGAUGUGAAGACACUCCAAGAUGCCUGCACCAGAAUCUACGACGCCAUAUUUCGCGACGUCCAUUUGGAGCAGCUCCCAUCUGGUGUUUUAGCGUUUUUCAAGACUCCAAUGUGGUUCCGUACACUGAUGAUGCUUUUGCGAUUCGUUGCCGACCAUGUCAAGAACAACAGCAGGGGCCUUGCUUCUCAUGAAGCCGCUGAGCUCCAUCACUUCACAGCGUGCUUUCACCAUGCCAUGGUCAACGAAGAACACGGUCGCGUUGAAGAACAAGACGUCAACAACGAGUAUAUGGAGUCGCUUGUCAAGGCCGCUUGCACGUUCUUCGAGAAGAUGAAAUCAGGUCAAUGGCACAAAAAGUUCAGCUGGAGACGCUUCAAAGAAUUGGCUACCGACACAUUGGGUCUGCCAAAGAACGAAGCCAUGCUCAAUAUUGUCUCCAAGACGAAAGAGCUGUGCGCCGAAACCCCGCUUGCGGUUUAUCUUCUGGAUUCGCGAACGACAUGCGUCAUUUUUAUGGUCUGGAACCUACGCAUCAUCUUCGAGACGAUUGCCGAUGAUCUAAGGAUGCCCAAAGACCUCAGCGAUGCUCUCUAUGAAAUAGAGUCUCAACCUCAUCAUCCCGAGUGUGUCGACCGUUCCCAAUUCUUAGGCAUUGUCGAACUCAAUUGGAAGCUGAUGCGCAAAUGGAUGGUUCGAUCGCCAAAGAGGGUGAAGAAGCAUGUGCGCUUCUUGCACCCGCAUCACCACGCCGUGCACUCGCAUCGGCUCGCCUCACGCCCGCGCCGGCAUGCCUAG